AUGGCGAAAGCGGCUGAGCUGGCCAAGAAGGCAGUGAAGCUCGGGCAAGAUGACCCGAGACGAGUCACUCAUUCACUUAAAGUCGGGUUAGCACUUUCCUUAGUGUCGCUAUUCUAUUACCUCCAGCCGCUCUACGAAGGCUUCGGCGUCAACGCAAUGUGGGCCGUCAUGACCGUGGUGCUCAUCUUCGAAUUCCACGUCGGGGCCACUUUUAGUAGAGGGUUGAAUAGACUACUAGCUACAGUGAUUGGCGGUGCAAUUGGUCUUGGUGCUCAUCACUUAGCAAGUCUCUCGGGAAAAACCGGCCAGCCCAUAAUGCUUAGUUUCUUCGUCUUUCUUCAAGCCGCUGGUAUUACGUUUAUGAGGUUCUUCCCGCGAAUCAAGGCAAAGUACGACUACGGGAUGAUGAUACUCAUACUGACGUUCGCGCUGGUGUCGGUGUCGGGCUUCCGGGAAGACAAGAUAUUUGAGUUUGCACACAAGCGGCUCUCCACCGUCGUCAUUGGCAGCUCUGCCUGCCUGAUCGUCUCCGUCAUUGUGUGUCCCGUUUGGGCUGGCGAAGACCUCCACCGCCUCAUCGUUCUCAACGUGGAAAAGCUUGCCAACUUCUUGGAAGGAUUUGGGGAUGAAUAUUUGAGAAAAUUAGAAGAUAGUGACUUGAAUCAAGACAAGUCACUUUUUCGAGAAUACAAAAGUGUUCUCGAAACGAAAAGCGAAGAAGAAUCUCUGGCGCCACCGCAAGUUCAAACCAGACUCGAGGAGCUCUGUGCAGAGAUGGGCAUAGAAGCCGCAAGAGCUUCGAAGCAACUUUCAUCUUCCCUCAAGACAAUGACCACGCCAUCCUCUGCGACUCCCCACCUCGAGAAGGCCCGAAACGCUGCAAAAGCCCUCAAGUCGCUGCUCAAGACGACCUCCUGGAAUCAUGCGACCGACCUCCUCGCCGUCGUCCACGCCAUCACCGUCACGUCGCUCCUCAUUGACGUCAUCGAUUGCACGGAUAAGAUUGCCGAGUCUGUCAACGAGCUCGCGUCCCUUGCCGGCUUCAAGACUGUGGAAAAGCAUCUCAAGUGCGACGAAGUUGUGUUGACUGUAACUGCACUCGAGGUGACAGUCUUGCCAGAAAGUGGGAGUCCUCUGGGCAGAUCGGACUCGGCGCCGGUGUUGUAG